AUGGCCCAACACCAGAGAUAUAUUUUUUGGUUGAUAUUUAAUUUCUUUCUAUUUCAGCUGUUUAUUUUUUCUAAAGGAGCAUGUCCAUCUAAUUACAAUAUAAUUUCGUCAUUUGAAAUUGCAGAAAGUAUAUGUAGAAGUUAUAAUGAUGUGACAAUAGGAAAAGAUGACCCAACAAUUACAACCAAAAUUGUAUUAACACUAUCAAAUAAUGCAGUGAUGUACCCAUAUGAUAAUACUGACUUUAAAUGUAUAGCAAAUGGGGUGUUAAAUCAAACCGGAUCGUCUAUGAUUGAGGCUCCGAGUGGCUUGACUUAUUUUCAAAACGGGUGUAUAUUUGAAAUGCACGACAAAUCAAAUUAUACAACAUCAGGAGAGGCGUAUUUUAAUAACAAUUCCAUUUCAGUGUUCUACCAAGAAUCCAAAUUUUAUAUUCAAGGAACAAUAAUGGGGGUUGCAUCUAACGCAACAUUGACAUUGACAGACAACUCUGUUGUUUACUCCAAAAAUACCAUUUCUGUAAAUUCAAAAGGAACUUUCGAGAUGAAUACAAACUCGAUGGCCAAAGCUUCAAAUUUUAAUGUGAAAAAUUCAAGUGUUUUGAUCAAAAAUAAUGCACAUGUAAAUUUAAAUAAACAAUUUAAAACAGAACAAACUUCUUCAAUAAAAAUGAUUGGAAAUAGUCAACUGAAUUUUAUUGAAACGUAUUCAACUGAACCACAAUUUUGGAUCACAGACUCUACAAUAAUGGUCAUUGAAAAUUACGUCCAAAUUGUAUUACCAAAAACUGCUGACAUUAAAAACUCGACUUUAAAGAUGAGUGGAAAUUCGCGGAUAACAAGUGAAACAUUUAAAAUCGAGGUGAACGGCACUUUGGAGUUUUUUGAUCAAAUUGAAAGUGUCAAUACAAUAAUAACAGACCAAAAGGAUGUUUCAAAUGGAUUAUUUGAGAAACUUUCAACUUCAAAUUUUGAGUGUAAUAACGCCAAUAUUGUUGUUGAUAAAAAAUCUUUUAUAAGUAAUUCACUGACAUCAACUUUAACACAAUGCACUAUUAAAAAUACAAAGAGAAGUAUUCGUGACAUCCCAAUUCUCUUUACAAAAUCAGUUUUGAUUAGUUCUUUGACUUCAACAAGCACGCAAGAGUUUGAUUUAAUGUUUACUGAAGAAUUAUCACCAGAUGUUAACAUGGAGGGUAUUACUAAAUUCACACCACCCGGUGCUAAAAGUGGUUAUUUGAUUCGAUUUGGCACUUCACAAAAAGUGUUUUGUCACUUGAAGGCAGUCAAUUUACUCACAAACAGUCGAACGUAUUUUGAACCGUAUUGCCCAUGUGAAGGAAGCAAUUGUUAUAUAACUCCGCUUCCUUCAUUGGAUUCUAUAAUUAUUUAUGAGACAAUUAAAAGUGAAAUCCAACCAGAAUUUAGAAACACCAAAUUUUUAAAAUCAAUUAAAACGGCAAACGAAGAUGUCGAGACAGAAAGUGUUGGUAUUCAAAAUAUUCAAAUGUCAUUUGUGAAAAUAGUGAAACCUUUUAUUGUGAGCAUUCCACCACAAAAUACUCCAAUACAAUUAACAAUUAAUUCCCUUUCUAAAACGGUUCUUUUCAUAUCAAAAGAUAGUCUUACACUCAACGAAGUGAUUUACUCUGCUGGUAUAAGUCAAAAUGGCGUUUUUAAAAUGGUUUUUGGUAUGAAAUGUGAAAGUGGGACUUUUGACACAAAUACACAGACAUGUGGUGAAAGUCAGACAAUAAAAUGUUAUGAUCAAAAUUGUUUGAAUUGUUCUUACGGCGCGACUGAAUGCCUCAGAUGUCCACAAGAUUAUUCAGUUGUCAAUGGAAUGUGUGCGAAAAUUGAAAAUUGUUUGUAUCAAAAAUUCAAUUUGUGUAUCAAAUGCAAAGAAAAUUAUAUUUUCAAAUAUCCAAAUUGUGUUCCAGUAGGCGAUUGUUAUUUAUAUAACAGAGAUGGUACUUGUAAUAUAUGUAACAUACAACAAAAAUUAAUUUUAAAAGAAGGUGUAUGUCAACAAGUUGAUCCCAAUUCUGAUGCCAAUUCUGUAACAUCCAUCACUUCUUGUAUACAAGGUUUUAGAGUCAGUCAAUAUUCUUGUGAAUCAUGUAAUGAUGUGAUUACGCCUCUAAAAAGUACAUUCUAUUGUAUGUCAAAUGUACCCACAAAAUGCGUGCCAAAUUAUUCAAUUACAUAUACAGACCUUACAACAUGGUCUUGUACAAUCAAUGAAAAAUGUGAUUCUGGUAAUGAUGAAAACGGACGCUGUGCAAAUGUGAUUGAAAAAUGUUCAUAUAUAACAAACGGGAAAUGUGUUGAAUGUGCAAAAGACUAUAUGUUGUCCAAUAAUAAAUGUCAACAAAAUUCAAAUAAAUUAUGUGAAGUAUCGAGUUCUUUUGAUUGUCUUCGUUGCAUAGACAAUUACUAUUUCGACUCAAAUACAAGGAGUUGUUUGAAGUGUUCUCCGGAAUGUAAGACUUGUUUAUCUACAGCAACAACAUGUCUUUCAUGUUACAACGAGACUUAUCUUUCAGAUGGGACGUGUAAAUCAAAUGACAAUUUGGUUGGUAUUUGUGACAAACUUUCCAUUACUGGGGGAUGUGUAAUUUGUGCAGAUAAAUAUUAUAGGAGUGGCUUUGAGUGUUUUGAAUGUUCCUCAAAAUGUGCGACUUGUCAAGACAAAGAGACUUGUUACACAUGUGCAGAGUCGUUUUACAUGACUAUAAAUGGUGAUUGUCUACCUUUCAGUCAACUUGAAGAACUAUGCGAAGAGAAAGUGACUCAAAAUGGGUGUGCGAAGUGUAAAAAUGGGUAUUACCGAAUAAAUGGAAAUGAGUGUAAAAAGUGUAAUUCAAAUUGUUUUACAUGUUCUAUAGAAAAAGUGUGUACCUCAUGUUAUGCUAAUCAUUUGUUAAAUGAAAACAACAUUUGUAAAAACGUGUCAGAAGUAUCAAAUUGCGUCAAAAUUGAAAACUCAAAAUGUGAAAAAUGUGUGUUUUGGUACACUCCAAGUAAAAAUGGAAUGUAUUGUCAAGAGGCGCCAAAUUGGUAUCUUUUAGUUCCUUUAAUUGUGUUGGUGUUGGUCGGUUUAAAUGUUUUGAUUGUUUUAUUUCUAUUCUUAUUGCGGAGACUUUUCAGGAAAAUGCAGAAAAGAAAUAUCGAACAAAAUUACACUAUUUUCAAUAUGAAUACAUCGAAUAUUCAGUUUUUGAAUUUAAAAAACAACAUUUGUGUUUCAUCCCGAGAUAUUGAUCUGAACACUGAAUAUGACGAAAUUCCAAUAGACACUGAAAUUCGUCUUCUGUUUUGUGUUGGUAAUAUCAAAACUCGAAAAUCCCCAAUUCAAAAGAUCCAAUUUUCAACUGCAGAUGUGAGUGACAAAUUUACUAUAACUUUUUCUCCUGAGGUUGUUUUACUAAAAAGUGGAUAUGCUUGCGAAUUUGAACUUAAAUUUAAAGCAAAUUGCACAUGUUCGAUUUCUUCCAAAAUUGUUAUUGUUUCAAAGGAUAUCAAAAAUAACACAGAAAAGUAUAACGACAUUGAUUUAAAAGGUAUAACCGCCCAAUCGUCUUGUCUUGAUUAUUCAGAAUUAAUAGAAGAUGCAAAAAUAGGAGAGGGGAGUUUUGGGAUAGUUUACAAAGGUUUUUUUAGAGGAAACAUUGUUGCGAUUAAAAAGAUGAAAAGUUAUAAUUUUGCAGAUGGGGGAAAUCGACUUAAAGAAUUUGAAAAUGAAGUGCACAUGCUUGACAAAUUUAGAUGUGACUUUAUUGUUCACUUUUUCGGUGCUGUUUUUAUACCAACAAAAAUUUGUAUGGUCACCGAAUUAGCUGAAUUUGGGUCUCUUCAAGACUUAAUCAAUUUAACUUCAAAAAAUCCACGAAAAAAAUUUGGAAAAGCCGAGGACGAAGUCAGUGCAGCAAAGUACAAAAAGUUACUUAAAAUAUCCAAAAUACUCGAGUACAACUCUAAUUAUAGCAAAAUCAAAGUUGGUGUCCACAAACAAAUAGUUUCGAAUAAAAUUUCCCAAAACAAUCAACCCACACCAAGUCAACACAAAACGUCCAUUAUAAAUACACUCACCAAAACCACUGAAAUUGAGACAAAAAACGAAGUACCCAAUGUAUUAGAAUUAAAGCCACAAGAACAACCAAAUUGUUUAAAUCAAGAAUUACUAUUAUCAAAAGAUAAUAGUAAUAAUAUAGAAGAAGAAUGUCGAGUACAAACGUCCGUUAUGAAAAUAGAUCGGAAAACGAUAGUAAGUGGGUUUGGUAACAAUUUUGAGAAAUACCCUCCACUCACAAUAACUUUUCCAAUGAAAUUGCGGUUGAAAUUUCUUAUCGAUGCCGCAAAAGGAAUUGAAUAUUUGCACAAUAAUGGGAUUUUACACAGAGAUAUUAAGCCAGACAAUAUAUUAAUUGUGAAUUUGGAAGAUGGCAUUGAAGUCAAUGCAAAGUUGACAGACUUUGGGAGUUCAAGAAAUAUUAAUAUGCUGAUGACUAAUAUGACGUUUACUAAGGGUAUUGGGACACCCAUUUAUAUGGCUGGUGAACUAUUAAAAGGACAGAAGUAUAAAAAACCGGCAGAUGUUUAUUCAUUUGCAAUUACUAUGUUUGAGAUAUUUAUAUGGGGAGAGGCAUAUCCCGGAGAUCGAUUUAAGUACCCGUGGGAUAUCAUUGAUUUUGUAAAUAAAGGAAAUAGAAUUCAAAAACCGGGUGAUUUGAGUGAUGAACAGUUUCAUGUUGUACAGAGAGCAUGGGAAGACGAUCCAAAAGAAAGAGCUGAUGUUAAAGAAGUACUUGAAAAAUUGGAGGAUUUAUACGAAAAAUUCAAUUAA